UAAUGUUUAACGUCAUGCACCAGGGUCGAAAAUACGUGCCCACGCGCUCCUGGGUCACGGAUGACCCUCCGUUAACCGUGCUGGCUGUUCACGUCAACAAGUCGCCGUGGACACUCAGCGACGCACCAGAGGCAACGUGGCCGCCACAGGGAUCCAAGAUGCGGAUCUCUAAGGCCAGUAAGGGCGCGGUGGUGGUGAGAGCUGUCCGACGGUAUCCGUCUCCCCAGCCGGCCAGCUUGGAGAGCCUGGAGGCGGCUUGGAGCGAGAGAUGGCACUCGGAGGUGAAACCACCGGAGAGUUUACCGAGCCCCGAGAGGAGAAACGGCGCGGGAGAAGCUGCUGGGAGCGGGAUGGAGGGUCACGGAGGAGGGCCACAGAGGAGCAGGAAGAAGGGGUUCAGACCCCCCGAUGUGAGGACCAUCUUCUCCCCCGAGGAGAGGGACCCCAGGGUGAAAGUGGAGUGCGGGGAGGGACACAGCUUCGAGCUCGGAGGGGAAGACACCUGGUGUGAUGCUUGCUGCGGUUACAUCUUCCAGCAUGGUCUCACCUGUGCAGGUUGUAAAUACUCGUGUCACGCUGCGUGUAGGGACAGAGUGUCGCUGGACUGUCAUCCUGCUGCUUCACCCAUCAGUCAGGACCAGCUCAACAACAACACACAGCUCCAUCCUCUCAUUCAUUGA